AUGCCUAAGCCAAGAACGAAGCGAGGCGCCAUUCGGGAGGAGAAAAAGAGGAAGAGACAGGAAGAGGAGGAGCAUGCUGUGGCGUUGAAGCGACAACGCCAGGAUGGCGAGAACGAACACUGGGGCGAGGGAGCCGAGGAGGACGCAGCCGCGCAGAAUGGCAUGAUCGGGGAGAGAGAGUUCUUCGGUAUGCUCGCCGACGAAGAGCAAGAAUAUUUCCGCCGGGCGGACGAGAUGCUCGAAUUGAACCAAUUCCCUUCCAACGAGGACCGCGAUGUCUUUCUCGAGAGUGUCUGGCGCGAGGCGCAGGGCAAGGAGCUCAAGGUGGCAAGCAGCCAGUCAUGCUCGCGCCUCAUGGAGAGACUGAUACAGAUUUCCAACACGGCGCAGAAGAAGCAGCUGUUCGAUGCAUUCGGUGGCCACUUCUUGUCUCUGGUGCAGCAUCGGUUUGCGAGUCACUGCUGCGAGGCGCUGUUCCUCAAGUCGGCUGGCGUCGUGGGCCAGGAGCUAUCAGGCUUUGUGCUCGACGUCAAGGGUUCAGAUGCUAAGGACCAGCAACCAGAAGCAUCUAUGGAACAUCUCUUCUUAGCGACCUUGGACGAACUGGAGGGUAACCUAACUUACCUUCUCACGGAUCGCUUCGCCUCGCACACCCUCCGAGUCCUGCUGCUCGUACUGUCGGGUCGACCACUCGAAGACGCCUCCGUCCGGACUCUGCUGAAGAGCAAGAAGAAGGAGAAGAUCUCAGUUGCCGGGGCUGCGGCUUCCGACGAAGCGAACCAAGGACUGCGAGCUGUCCCGUCUUCGUUCACCAUGGCCGUGCAAAAAAUUAUCGAGGACAGUGUCUCCACCAUGGAUGCCACGGGGCUGCGUGUUCUAGCAAAGCACCCGAUUGGCAAUCCAACUUUACAACUUCUCUUAGAACUCGACCUCUCACUGAAGAAAGGCGACGCCAAGUCAGACUCAGCACAGCCUACACUGCUUUUCCAACUAUUACCCGGUGCCCCCAAGUCCCUUAGCGACGAGACAUCCGAGGCCUCAGAAUUCAUCAAUGGCAUGAUUUAUGACCAGAUCGGUGCGCGUCUCAUCGAGACAAUCAUUACGCACGCCCCAGGAAAGGUCUUCAAGGCGCUGAAUCACAACAUCUUUCUCCCUCGCAUCCAGGGCUACGUGCGCAACGAUGUCUCUUCAUACGCCGCCAUCAGGGUGCUCAACCGGUUAGGGAAGGACAACCUCAAGGAAGCCGUUGACAAGAUUAUACCAACGGUUCCCCAACUGGUGGAGAAGUCUAGGUUCAAUGUUCUCAAGGCACUCUUCGACCGUUGCGCAGCGAGAGGUCUGUCCGAUGAGAUCAAGCAGUUGAUGAGAGGCUUGAGGGAAGGGUGCGGAUCCGAGCCUGCUGCUCUUAUCCAAACCUUAUGUAGCUUGAAUACCGAGGAAGAGGAGAAGAAGAAGAAGAAGGACGUCACACAAUUAAGCCGAAACGAGUACGCUAUCCAGUCCCACGGCGCCCAGCUCUUGGCAACGUUGCUCGACAUCCCUGGCCCUUCCAAAGGUGUGCAAGAAGGACUGCUUGCCCUCAGCCCCGAACUACUAAUCCGGCUCGCUACGACAUCUAUUCCGACCGUCACGGUCAUUACCAAAGCUCUCGCCACUCCAUCAUCCAACCCAGCCUUCCACAAAACGAUUAUUGCCACUAUCACGCCCCAUUUGACCGAACUUUCCUCGUCUCAAAAUGGCCACAACCUUGUCAACACCAUUGUGGAGAUUCCUAGCAAGGGCAGAGAACGAAGCGUCCCGUUCCAUCUAAAGGAGGGAAUCAUGUCGAAACUUGGCGAGAUCGAAAGACAGCUGAGGGAUAGCUGGAUGGGUCGAAGUGUUUGGAGAACUUGGAAAGGAGACAUGUGGAAGACAAGGAGGGGCGACUGGAAGAUAUGGAUGAGGGAGGUGGAUGCUGUCGAAGAUGCCAAGAAGAAGACGUCGUCGGCUAACAGGACAGAGCUGGGGUCUUCGAGGGCUGGCAAAAAUGAGACCAAUGGAAAGGCAGGUGAGGAUGAGGAACAAGAAAAGGAAAGCCCAGCGGAUGAACCAAAGGAGGUAAAUGCGGAGGAGGAGAGCCCAGAGGCAGAUAAGGAGGAGGAGAAAGAAAAGAAAGAAAAGAAGGAGAAGAAGGAGAAGAAGGAGAAGACGGAGAAAAAGGAAAAGAAGGAGAAAAAGGAAAAGAAAGACAAAAAGGAGAAGAGGGAGAAAAAGAGCAAAAAGAGCAAGGCUGAGGAAGCAGAUGAUGAUCAAGACUGA